AUGACAAUCUCCCAAACCCAGCAAAAUGGCAACCGCUCCGUUACCAACGGUCAACCACAUGAAUCCCAUAGCAAUUCUUACAACGGAAAUGGCCAUCAUCGGUCAUCUAAUACUGGUGCGCUUGAUUUGACAGUCCUGGGAAUGAACAGUGGCACUGCCAUGGACGGCAUUGACUGUGCACUGGUUCGAUAUUACCAACAGACUCCGGAUGACGCUCUACACAUGGAGCUCAUUAAAUAUGAUGAGAUCCCCGUACCCCAAUGGAUCAAGAAACCCGUUCUCACAAUGCUUCGCGAGACCAAGACAACUCCCUCAAAAAUGUCACAACUUAAUAUGGACAGUAUUGAUCUUAUUGGGUCACAUGGGCAGACCAUUUGGCUUCUGUCCAUGCCAGAAGAAGGGGAGACACGUUCUGCAUUCUGCCUUGGAGAGGGCACAGUCAUCAGUGCCAUCACUGGAAUCACAACUGUGACAGACUUCCGAAUGGCAGAGCAAGCAGUGGGCAGACAGGGUGCCCCAUUGGUUGCUCUGAUUGACGGUCUUCUGCUUCAUCACCCGACCAAGUGGCGUGUCUGUCAGAACAUUGGCGGAAUUGCUAAUCUCUGUGUCAUCCCUCCUGAUUCCGAGGGUGGAGUUGACUCAAUGGUCGACUGGGACUGCGGUCCGGGCAACAUGUUCAUUGACAACGCCAUGAGAUAUUUCACAAACGGCGAGAUGGAAUACGACAAGGACGGCGAAUGGAGCUCCAGAGGUAACGUGCGCCAGGACAUUGUCGACAAGUUUCUGAGCACAAACAUGUACUGCAACCACGUCCCUCCCAAGACCACCGGACGGGAGACAUUUGGCGACAACGAAGGCCAAGAAAUCAUUGAUGAAUGUCUUGCUGCUGGGUGCAAUAAGUACGAUACACUAGCAACCAUUACUCGGAUCACGGCGCAGAAUAUCAUCAAGCAAUACCGCACAUUCUUCCCUCGCUUUGGCAUUAGCGUGGAUAAGAUUGCAGAGGUGUAUAUGUGCGGCGGUGGUGCUCGGAACCCGAGCAUCAUCAAAUAUCUUAGGGAGCAGCUUCCGGAUACCAAGAUACGGGCACUAGAUGAGACCGGAGUUCCAUCAGAUGCCAAGGAGGCAGUUUCAUUUGCCCAACAAGCGAUGGAGGCCAUUUUAGGGCGACCGGCUCUGGUUCCAAUCAAUAGUGACAACCUACUGCCUAACACAAUCUCAGGCAAAAUUGCUCCUGGCAGGAGAUGGCGCGAGGUCAUGAAGUCAAGUAUCAAAUUUGGCGAGGGUCGCUCGACCUUGCCUACAGUUAAGGAGAUGAUUGUACAAAGACCUUACACUAGCUGGAAAGCUAUGCAAGCUUUUGAUUGA